CAGGAGAGUCUGGCUACAGGCUGCAGAGGAGUUUAGAGUGUGUGAGUGAGAGCAUCAAGAGAUCUGACCCAGCGGAGAGUGUGUGUGAGUGCCUAGUGUGGGAGACAGCGUCGAGAGCGGAACGCACGGGCACGCACAACUUGGGAUAACUCACACGGCUGGACAGAAACAGCUCUCUCCCUCCAUCUCGCCUAUCACCUCUCUGCUUGCUAACGGAUUCGAGCGGUGUGAUAGACUACUGGUCUGGCUGCGGGGAAGGAGUUAAUGUGUGCCUAUAGGAUGUGUGCAUUUGGUGGGAUGAUGUGUCGCGUGGUGUCGGUGCUAUGGCUUGUCCUUUCGGUUGUCUCGGGCUUCAACCUGCAUGCGGAGCGCCCUGCGGUGUACGGAGGACCAGAGGGGAGCUACUUUGGUUACUCCGUGGACUUCUACCGACCGACCCCCGAAAGCAGCACAUUGAGUGUGUUGGUGGGAGCGCCCAAGGCCAACACGUCCCAGCCAGGCAUCAUAGAGGGAGGAGCAGUCUACUACUGUCCCUAUCCCCCAAACCCUGACCCCACCAAGCAACCCUACAGCUGUACACAGAUACCCUUCGACAACGCCAAUAACAGGAUGAUUAAGGUUAAUGGCACCAGGGAGCCUCUGGAGUUCAAGUCUCACCAGUGGUUUGGAGCCUCAGUUAGAACUCACAAAGGCAAAGUGGUGGCCUGUGCUCCUCUCUACCACUGGCGUACUGUGAAGGUGAACGGUGAGAAGGACCCGGUAGGAACCUGCUUUGUUGCCGUGCAGAACUUCAGCGCCUACGCAGAAUACUCACCCUGUAGGACCAAUGAUCCAGACCCGGAGGGACAGGGUUUCUGCCAGGCCGGGUUCAGUGUGGACUUCACCAAGGAGGGGACACUGGUGGUGGGCGGACCUGGCAGCUUCUACUGGCAAGGUCAGGUGAUGACUGCAGGCGUAGGAGAGAUAUUGAAUGGUUACUCUCUGAAAGCCGUGCUCAGGAGAGUCCCUGGAGAGAAACACACACACGCUGCAGCUGAUACCCAUGACGACAGCUACCUCGGUUACUCUGUGGCAGUGGGGGAAUUCACAGGAGACACAGAGCAAGAGCUGAUAGCUGGUGUUCCGAGAGGGGCACAGAACUUUGGAUAUGUAGCUGUGAUUAACUCCACUAAUCUGACAUUCAUCAUGAACUUCACAGGAGAGCAGAUGGCUUCCUACUUUGGCUAUUCUGUGGCUGUUACUGACCUCAACGGAGACGGGUAUGAUGAUGUACUGGUAGGAGCACCUCUCUACAUGGAGAGAGAGAGGGAGAGUAAGCCCAAGGAGGUGGGCCGUGUCUACCUGUACAUCCAGCACUCCCCGCUCACCUUCUCCGAGCCCCUUCUCCUGACGGGAACACACACCUUCGGACGCUUUGGCACUGCCAUCGCCCCGUUAGGUGACCUCAACCAGGACGGAUACAACGACGUGGCAGUGGGUUGUCCGUUUGGUGGGGAGGACCGGAGUGGCCUGGUGUUGAUCUACAAUGGCCAGAGAGACCUGACGGCCCGCGGCCUAACCCUCAGCCAGGAGCUCUAUGGAGCCUGGACAUCCAGUAGUGGCCUCUCCGGCUACGGCUUCACCCUGAGGGGGGACAGAGACCUGGACAACAACCAUUACCCUGAUCUGAUAGUGGGAGCAUUUGGUAAAGGGGAGGUGUCCGUGUACAGGGCUCGUCCUGUAGUGUCAGUGGAGGCAGAGAUGAUCCUGACUCCUAGAAUCCUGAACCCUGACGACCGAUCCUGCCUCCUGACAGAAUCUGAUACCAUGGUAACCUGUCUCAGGGUAGAUAUUUGUGCGAAGGUGAGCGGUGUGGGGAUCCCAGACUCUGUAGUCCUGAAUGCAGAGCUGCAACUGGAUUGGCUUAAAGGUUUGAGGGGUGGAGUUAAGAGAGUUCAUUUCCUGGAUUCCCAUCAGCCCCAGCACACAGAGGCCCUAACGCUUGGCCACAGCCGUCCUCACUCCUGCCUGAACUAUACUGUCUACCUACGAGAGGAGGAUGAGUUUAGGGAUAAAUUGACUCCCAUCUCAUUGGCUCUGAACUACAGUUUAGCCCCUCCUUCUAACCUGGAUCUCCCCCCUGUCCUCAACCGCUACAGCAGUACCUUCCUGCAGGAACAGGCAUAUAUUCUGCUGGACUGUGGGGAAGACAACAAGUGUAUUCCAGACCUCCUGCUGUCUGCAAGCAUGGACCGUACAGAGCUGGUGGUCGGGGAUGACAACCUGGUCAUGUUGACCAUAAACGCGGUUAACAAAGGAGAGGGGGCAUAUGAGACUGAGCUACACACACUCCUACCCCCUGAGGCUGAUUACAUAGGAGUGGAACGCAGGAUAGAGUCUCUAUCCAGGUUGAACUGUGAGUACAGGAUGGUGAAUGACUCCAGACUGGUGGUGUGUGACCUGGGGAACCCUAUGGUUGCCGGAACAGAAGUAUCUGUAGGUUUAAGGUUUGCUGUCCAAAGGCUGGAUGAUGCCGGUCCUCACGUUGACUUUGACCUACAGAUCCACAGUUCAAACGAAGACAACUCCAAGAGCAACCCAGUCAGUCUGUCUCUCUCCAUCUCUGCGAGAGCUCAGCUAGACCUGAGGGGGGUGUGUCAUCCCUCUCAAGUGGUUCUUCCGUUUCCUCACUGGGAGCCCAAAGAGAAUCCGGUCAAAGAGGAUGACGUAGGACCCCAGGUCACACACAUCUACGAGCUCCAUAACUCAGGUCCCAGUAGUAUCCGGGAGGCGGAGCUCCAGGUGGGCUGGCCAUCUCGUUUCCGUGAUGAACACCUGCUCUACGCUCUCGAGGUUCUAACAGAUGGACCAAUCAGCUGCCGGAGCAACACCAGCCUCAACCCCCUGGGCCUGCAGACAUCCUCUGUCCAGGACACUCCAGAAUUGUUGGGCUUUCUGAGAAACAGUAGCUCUCCUCACCGCUACAGACGAGCCACCAGCGCUGCCCAGCCCUACAGCAGCAAGACCCUGAACUGCAGUAACAUCAUUUGUCUAAGAGUUCUGUGUGUGGUCGGGCGGUUGGACCGUGGUCAGAGCGCUGUAGUCAAGAUCCGCUCCCGACUCUGGGCUCACACCUUCCUCCAGAGACGUAACGACCCAUACCUCCUCAACUCUACCGUGUCCUUCAGAGUGACGGCCCUGCCCUACCGCCUCCAACCCUCCUCCUUACCCCAACACACCACUUCAAUGGGUACACUGGUGCUGUGGGGGACUCCUGAUGUGGCGUUUGCUGUUCCUCUGUGGGUCAUCAUCCUGGCCAUCCUACUGGGACUGCUGGUCCUGGCCAUGCUAACACUGGCCAUGUGGAAGUGUGGGUUCUUUGACCGGGCACGGCCGCCAGCGGAUGACGUGUCAGACCGUGAGCAGCUGACCUCUGACCAAUUAGCAGAUGCCUAAGAACACCCACUGGCGCCAUGGAGACCAGUUCCUGAUUCGAAGAGGCUGUUUGGGAUGAGUUCCACCUCUUGAGUGUUAUUAAACUGAAAUAAGAUCUGCAGGCAGACUGCAAACUCACAGAUCAAAGGUUAUUUACCCCUUUUAAAGCUGAUCUGUCAUCAGUGAGUGGACUGCAAGCUCACAGACCAAAGGCUGAAGUGACAUUAAGACUGGUAUUCAAACAGCACCAGAGAGACUGGGAACAAUGCACACAGACGGAACUACACACAUUAACACUAUUUAAGCAAACACAACGACUUGGAUGUAUAUGAGGCCUCAACACAAUUUUGGACAGUAGAAUGGACUCUGGUUCUAACCCUGCUUGUAGUUGAAUAUGUUUCUAUGCACCGCUUGCCUCUGUGGGUUAGACUACUUGGGGAUCUGUAUGGUUGGAUAAUUCAGUUAGAGUUAACCAGCCUGGCUUACUACAAGUGGAGUUACCAUCUGAUGUCAGUGACUUGGUGUCCGCCUGCUUUCACUGUUAAAUACAUUCCAUCAUUGAUCAAUCACACACACAUGCACACACGCGAAUACACACGCAAACGCACGCAUGCACACACACACGCAAACACACACACAGGAGGCUGUAUAUAUCUAUGGAUGGUGUAUGUGCAAUAUUGGGACAUUCUGUGUGAUACUGAAGCGUGUUUACACUGGUAUUAUUUUAUUAGAACUUGAUGUUCAAAUUGUUUGUGUAUAUUGUUUAGUUAGUAUACUAUUGUCUAUGUGAGUGUUUUUGUUGGUAUAUUAGUGUGUGUGCCUUCGGAAAGUAUUCAGAACCCUUGACUUUUCCCACAUUUUGUAACGUUACAGCCUUAUCCUAAAAUUCAUUAAAUCGUUAUUUUCCCUCAUCAAUCUACACACAAUACCCCAUAAUGACAAAGCAAGAACAGAUUUUUAGAAAUGUUUGCACAUUUCUUAAAAAUCUAAAACAUAACUAUUACAUUUACAUACGUAUUCAGACCCUUAACUCAGUCUGAGGUCCUAAGCGCUCUGAAGCAGGUUUUCAUCAAGGAUCUCUCUGUAAUUUGCUCUGUUCUUUCCCUCGAAUCUGCCAAAGGAGCUUCAGCAAAGUACUGAGUAAAGGGUCUGACUACUUAUGUAAAUGUGAUAUUUCCGGUUUCUUUUAAAAUAAAUGAGCAAAAAUGACUAAAGAUCUGUUUUUGCUUUGUCAUUAUGGAGUAUUGUGUGUAGAUUGAUGAGGGGGAAAAAACAAUUUAAUAAAUUUUAGAAUAAGGGUGUAAAAUAACAAAAUGUGGAAAUAGUCAAGGGGUCUGAAUACUUUCCGAAGGCACUGUAAGUGUUGAAAGAGAGAAGUGUUUAUAACGGGUCCAACUGUUUAAAAAAAGAACGUGGGACUGGGCUAAAUACAAAAGGAAUUGCAUUAACAUUAGCAUUAUCCAAUGUGAGAGGUUUAGGCCUAGAUUCAAUCAGACCCAUUGUUAAUUGGCACUAGCCAACACUGCAUAACUAGCCGACAAACCCAGAAUGAUUCCAAUCACAUUUAAAAAGGGAAAGUCAUUGAGUUACAUAUCAGAAAACACAACACUAAAGUAUAUAAUAUUACUUCAAUACAAAGCAAAAAUGUAAAUGCCUAAUAAUUUCAGGUGGUUUGGUGAUCUUCUUGGCCAAUAUAGCAGUAACCUCAAAGGCUGGGGGUGGGGCCAGCAGUACUAAUAGGAUAUCAUCAGGUCCCAGCUGGAAUAAAAUUAGUUGGUUGACCCUUGAAUGGUCUACUUAAUUUUGUCUAAUUUUAGGAAAAUUAGUUGGGCCAAAGAGAGGCUGAGGGAGGAUUGAUAGAUCCAAUAGAAUCCUUCUGCGUGCCAACAGGGAGGCAAAGGCAAUGGCGUCUAGCUGUCUAUUGGUCAGGGAAGGAUUGUUUGGUUCUCCAAAAAUUGCAAUUUCUGCACUAGGCUGCCACUCUAUAUCAAAUGCUUCAGAAAGUGUUUUAAAUAUAGUGGACCAGUAGUCUGCCAGAUGGGGACAAGACCAGAAUAUGUGAGUCAAAUGCGCCAAGGAGCUUUUACACCUGUGACAUGUACCAUCAAUAUCUGGGUAGAAUUUGGAGAGUCUGGCCUUAGUGGAAUGGAUACAGUGAAGUACCUUAAACUGUAUAAGGCUGAGCCGGGCACAAGAGGAGCUUCCAUUUACCCUAAGUAAGGCACUAUUCUAGACUUCGUCCGAGGUCUCUCAACCAAGUUCCUUUUCCCACUCAGAUCGAAUUUUAUUAAGUGACGGGUUAUCAAGGGACAUGAUUAUCAAAAAAAUACCUACAUUUGGAAAUACCUAAAUACACUUGAAUGGGGUAAUUACAUUUGAUAGCGAGGUCAUCAAAAUUGGCAAAGGUGCCAUCUAUAUAAAGGUCUCUAAACUUAGUAAGGCCAUUCCUCUGCCACAGACUUCAAGCUGAAUCCAGUUUGACUGGAAGGAAGAGGUGAUUAUUACAUAUAGGAUCUUGAAUAGAGAAAUCACAUAAUUUAAAGUGUUGACGGAAUUAAGGCCAAAUUUUAAGAGUAUUGACCACAAUUGGAUUGGAUGUAUAGCGCAAAGCUGAAAGAGUAAGAUUGGAGAUGACUAAAGCUGACAAAGAGGAAGAGAAAUAGGAGUUGACUUCUGUUUGACACCAGUCAGUUUCUGGGGUGUGAAGCCAGUAAACAAUAUUUUGUAUAUUCGCUGGCCAGUAAUAAUACAUAACGUUAGGAAGAGCUAGUGUGUUCUAUCUCUCUGGAGGAAUGCUUUACGUAUUCUUGGACUCCCACCGCUCCCCCCAAAAAGAUAUAAGCUUAUCCACUAAAGUGAAAAAAGGCUUGGGUAGAAAAAUAGCUGAUGUUUUGGCAGUGUCGGAGGUGUAACUGCAUUGGAGCAGUCAAAUCGGUGAGCAGCUGCUCUUGAUCACUGUCAUGAAGCCACACCGUCCCACUGGCGUUAAAGUUCAAAACGAGAAAGUGUAGGCUAUAUAGAAAUAAUGACGCUCAAAUUAAAAAUCAUUCAACUAAAUAAUGAGGCUUUCUAUCAGCCUGUUCGAGGUGAAGAUUACAUCUCACAUUCUAGUGUUCGAACUUGUAAACAAGGCAACAUGGGAUUUCUCUUAAUGCGACGCUGUGCAGCCAAUGGUAAUGUCCGCUUUAGGUAUAAUGCUAGGAGCCGCUUGUGGAUUUGGCAGCUCUAGCGCAGUUACAUCUCCAACACCGCCAAAACAACCACUAUGCAGAUGUCGGCUAAAGUGGAUCUGAUUGUAUAGAGCCAUUAGGGAGUAAGGUUCAAACUUAAUUUCAAUUUACUUCACUUCUAUUAAUUCACAGAAUGUAAAUAUGAAGGAUUUUUGUCACAAAUUUGAUUUGUGUCUUGUUUUUGUACUGAAGAAUACUGAAAGAUUAUUGAAAUAAAGUGUCCUUAAUUUCCAAGUCUA